CUCAGUUUCAGUUUCGGGAAAGUUUGGACUAGAGCGUUGGCAUUGAAAGACUGCGCAGUUUAGAUUAUAGCCUAUAAGAUAUAGCCUAGUGUUUCUGUAGGCAUACUUAUUUGUAAGUUCCUAGAAUUGCGUGCAACUACCAAACCAUACACACACCUUUAUUCCAAUAAAACACCUAAAAGGAACAUCUUGUCUGCAUUCUGAUCGAUGCCCCAUCGUGGCCACAACCUUUUAAAGUCCUUCCCAGUCAACAAAACUUGGGCGGUAAAUUUGAAUUAAAGACCAGCCAAAAAUAUGUCCUUCCCAGUCACCAAAACUUGGGCGGUAGAUUUGAAUUAGACCCGAUGGCGCUCCGUGCAGUCCUUCAAUUCCUUUGUGCGUUGGGAGUCUUUCACAAAGGUGUAACCUCUCUGAUAGAAACCCAGCAGACUGUGAUGGCAGCAGUGGGAGAAGAGGCUCAGUUAAACUGUCAGCUGAUGCAAUCUAAAGAUGUUCUGCAGGUCACAUGGCAGAAACUUUUACCUGAUGGGGAGAAGAAUCUAGCUACUUACAGCAACAAAUUUGGUAAAUCAGUGAAUCCUGACUUUAGAAACAACGUGGAGUUUAAAUGUGCUGGACUACAGAACAGCUCCAUAGUCAUCAGGAAGGUGACGGAGCAGGAUGAAGGAUGCUAUCUCUGUUUGUUUAACAUCUACCCUGAAGGUGCUCUCACUGCUAUAACCUGCCUCCUACUCUAUGAGCUGCAUGAAGCCAUUCUCCAUGUUGGAGAAUCCAACUCUCCUGAAGAGGCAGUAGUGUCCUGCUCGGCCACAGGUCGACCUGCUCCCACAGUUACACUGACUGUCCCUCACCACAACUCUUCCAGUGUCACCAACACCAACGGUACAGUCACUGUCACCACUACAGCUGUGCUGCCUCGUCUCCAUGGCAACAGCACACGGGUUGGAUGUGCAGUGCGAGUGCUCUCUAGUCCUCAGAUAGAGGUGUUCACCAUGAUUCCUGAGAUCAGACAGCCGUCUGCUGAUGGUUUUGAUGAGGAAUCUGAAACUAAUAAUAGUGAUCGCAGUAGGACUUGGAUCAUAUUGCCUGUGGUAUUGGUAGCCUGUGUUUGUGUUGUUGCUGCUGUCAUCAUCACUGCCAUCAUGCUUAGACAAAAAAAUCACAACAGUCUGUCACACAGGGAGGUGGAUGAGAUGUCUCCAACUGCAAUCCAUGAUACUAUUAAUCUGUCACACAGGGACUCUGAGGAGAACAAGACGGACAACACAAGCAUCCAAGAACCUGAUGAGGUCCAUACGUGUGUAGUCACGCAGGACAAUCAGAUCAGAAAACGGACACCUCCUGAGAAAAGUCCGACAAGUGACAAGCCAGAGCCGUCACCUUCAAUACUGGCCUCAUCAACAAAGGCCCGGGACCCCCCUCUUACCCCCACUGGCACUGACUCUGUCCUCAUCCACAUCUGAUGUCAUGCGAUACACUAACGCAAUGAACUUUAUACUUAUUUAUUAACAUAUGUGGUUAUUGAGUUUUACCACUAUGUCUAAUUAUCUCAUUUUAGAUGACAUGUUUUUAUUUCCUAUUGACAAUUCUUUACUUCGCACAUCUGAGUUAGUUUUUUUGUUAAUAAAACAGUUUUUAUAAAAAGUUUGUGUGAUGAAGGGGGUUUUACUGGCAUUCACAUGUUAUUGUUGCCCUGGAUUUAUAAUCUCUCUAUCCAUCUAGAUCAUAUUAUUUCACAGGCAGGGUGUAAGUAUAUUAAUAGGCUACUCCUUAAACUGUUGGCUAUACCUAGGCUUGUUAUUAAUAAUAAUGAUAUUAAUUUAUGCAGGUGAGAUGUUGUCUAUAUGCCGACACAGAAAAAAAGUUCAAACACCACAAAACAUCUCAA